AUGGAUGCAUGGAUCACAAGGAAAAAAGUGAAAGGUGAUGACGAAAAAGAAGAAGUAAGCGGAAAGUGGACUAAAGUCGGUAAUGAUUUGUUCAUAUUCAAUUGUGAUCGAAUGGAACAUCGCUCGAAAAUUGCUGGUUUUGAUUUAGACGGCACAAUCAUUACAACAAAAUCUGGCAAAGUUUUUCCAGUUGACGAAUUCGACUGGCAAUUGCUGUGUUCUGAAAUACGUGGAAAACUGAAAGGUUUACACGAGGAUGGCUAUAAAAUCGUUUUUUUCACAAAUCAAAAAGGAAUUCAGUUGGGUCGUUUGGAUGCGAAUUCGUUCAAACGAAAAGUAGAAGCGAUUCUCGCAAAGUUAUCCAUUCCCAUACAGGUAUUCGUGUCGAUUGGUACGUUGAAAUAUCGUAAGCCAUAUACGGGCAUGUGGGACUAUAUGGAGAAGAAUGGGAAUGGUGAUGUGAAUAUUGACCUUAAAGAGUGCUUUUAUGUCGGUGAUGCGGCUGGACGUCUUGCAAACGCUGUAGUUGACUUGUUUGAAAAUAGCAUUCUAAUUCUCAUCACUGACGCGAUAAUGCCAAAUCCAAGGCAAGAAGUGCUCGUAUUGGUUGGGUAUCCGGGAUGUGGUAAGAGUAAAUUCGCGAAGAAAUUACAACAAGAAUACGAUUACGGCAUUGUGAACCGAGAUACAAUGAAAACAUGGCAAAAAUGUGUUCAAAAUGCCAAAAUCUAUGUUCAAAAAGGGAAGAGUGUUGUUGUUGAUAACACGAAUGGUGAUAUUGAGUCGAGGAAGAGAUAUAUAAAUCUGGCCAAGUCACAGAAUGUUGAUUGUCGAUGCUUUGUGUUCACAUGUGGAUUAGAACAAGCAUCGCAUCACUGCAAAUAUCGCAUUAUCAUUGGCACCGAUGCGUUGCACGAAGAAGUCAGCACAAUGGUACUUCGUAUGUUCAAAUCCAAAUACCAGGAACCAACAACGGAUGAGGGCUUCUCAUCUGUCGUUAAAGUGAAUUUUGUACCAGAUGUAAUUAUUCUUUUGCUGGAGUAA